UUACAAUCAAUCGAAAGACAUUAUCUGUUUGCUAAUAAUAAAUACUACACUACAAAAGUUGACAAAGAAGAAGAAAUUCCAGUAGAAAAUAUUCGUAACUUUAGUAUUAUAGCCCACGUUGAUCAUGGCAAAAGUACUCUUGCAGAUAGACUUUUGGAAUUAACAGGUGCAAUUAAAACAAAUUCUGGAAAACAAAUUUUAGAUAAAUUACAAGUUGAAAAGGAGCGUGGAAUUACAGUUAAAGCUCAAACAGCUUCUCUUAAUUAUACUUAUAAUGGAAUCAAAUAUCUCCUUAAUUUAAUAGAUACACCUGGCCAUGUAGACUUUUCUGCUGAGGUACAUCGUUCAUUAGCUCCUUGUCAAGGAGUAAUUUUAGUAAUAGAUGCAAAUGAUGGUGUACAAGCACAGACUGUUGCUAAUUUUCAUUUAGCUGUUAAACAAAAUCUAGUUAUGAUACCAGUAAUUAAUAAAAUAGACUUAAAAAAUGCUAAUCCUGAAAAGGUAAUGGAUCAAUUAAAGAUGUUAUUUAAUAUAGAAAAAUCAGAAGUUAUGAAAAUAUCUGCCAAAUUUGGUACUGGUGUUCCUCAAAUCUUGGAUGCUAUUGUUGAAAGAAUUCCACCACCUGAAGUAUGUAGAGAUAAACCAUUCAGAGGUUUGGUAUUUGAUAGCUGGUAUGAUAAAUAUAAAGGAACAAUUUUAUUAGUAUAUAUUAAAGAAGGAUCUAUAUCAAUUAAACAGCAAAUUACUUCAAUAUAUAAUAAAAAAUCUUAUGAAAUUAAAAAUAUUUCAUUAUUAAGACCUUCUGAAGAAUAUGUAAAUAAAUUAGUUGCAGGUCAAAUAGGAUGUAUUUCUUGUAAUAUGAAAAGUUCUAACGAAGCAUUUAUUGGUGACACAUUACAUAUAAAAAAUGAGAUUGUUCAACCACUAAUGGGAUUUCAAUCACCAAAACCUAUGGUUUUUUCUGGCAUUUAUCCAAUUGAGCAAUCACAAUUCGAUGCUAUGCGAACUGCUAUUGAAAAAUUAACAUUAAAUGAUAGCAGUGUUACCAUCACACUGGAGUCUAGUGUAGCCCUUGGACAAGGCUGGAGAAUUGGAUUUUUAGGUUUAUUGCACAUGGAAGUUUUCAUGCAACGUCUUGAACAGGAAUAUGGUGCAUUAUCAAUUGUUACAUCACCUAGUGUUACAUAUAAAGCAAAAAUUGUUGGCAAGAAAAAUAUUAAGAAAUACAAUAGUGAGAUAAUCACAUUUAAUAAUCCUGCACAGUUUCCGGAUCCAAAGAUUGUAACAGAAUUCUAUGAACCCUUCAUACUAGGAACUAUCAUAGCACCAACUGAAUAUAUGGGUACAAUAAUGUCUUUAUGUCUUGAGAAACGUGGAGUACAACAAUUGACAAAAGAUGUUGGUCAUAACAGAACAUUGUAUCAAUUUCUGUUACCAUUAAAUGAAGUUAUUGUUGAUCUUCAUGAUACAUUAAAACGUUUAACUUCUGGAUAUGCUAGCUUUGAUUAUGAAGAAUCUGAUUAUGAGAUUUCAAACAUAGUAAAGUUAUGUAUUGCUUUAAAUGGAAAUACAGUAGAAGAACUUAGCACUAUUGUACAUGUUAGUAAAGCUCGUACAAAAGGUAAAGAGUUGUGUGCAAAAUUAGUGGAACUUCUCCCACGUCAAUUAUUUGAAAUAGUAAUUCAAGCUAUUGUUAAUGGAAAAGUUAUUGCACGAGAAACAUUAAAACCUUAUAGAAAAAAUGUAACAGCAAAAUUGUAUGGCGGUGAUGUUACUAGAAAAAUGAAACUAUUAGCAAAACAAGCAGAAGGAAAAAAACACAUGAAAAUGAUUGGAAAAAUUUCUAUACCUCGAGACACAUUCAUAAAUCUUUAUAAAAGAUAGUACCAAAAUUUUGUAAAAACUCAGUAAAUUAUUAAAUAAAACAUUUUUCAUAUAAUUAA